AUGGGGGUCAAAAAAUUACGUACAGAAACAGAAACAACGCUUGACAGUCUGCCCGAAAUCCCGCUGCUUGAAAUUCUUUCUUAUCUUGACGCCAAACAUGCCGUUGAAACAUCGAUGAUAUCGCGAUCAUGGUCGUUUUUAUGGACCUUGGUUCCCGAUCUCAAUUUCAGUUCUGAUAGUUUUAAACAACUCCAUGUUUUUGAUAACUUUGUCAUUAAGGUUUUAUCCAAUCGUCAACCAGUGCAGUUGCGUAGACUAACCUUCAAACGUGGUGGAACAUGCAAUGCCCAGAUGGUAAAAAAAGUUUUUGAUUACGCGUUUUUGCACGGUGUAAAAGAACUGGAAGCAAGCAUCGGAUACACUAUAUAUAACCAAGGGAUCUGGAUGUGGCCGAUCUGGUCAUCGGAUUCAUUAACAAGCUUGAAGUUAGUGAGCAAAUAUGCUGCGGGUUGCCCGUUUUUGCAACCAAGAUCAGGAUCAUUCAAGAAUCUCACCAGUUUACAUCUGGUAUGGGUAAUCAUCAGGGAUCUUGAUCCGUUCUCAGGGUUUCCGGAGCUAGACAAGUUAAGAUUGGUCCGUUGUUAUCUUGCUACAAAUGGCCAAGCUUUGAAUGUACACGCUCUGCAACUUUCAGAGUUCACCUUCGUUUACUGCAGUCAGGAUGUGGGUCACUGUGAAUUCACGACUCCAAAACUUAGAUAUUUCAAGUGGAAAGGGAGUGGUCUCCCACAGUUGAAAGCACAUUUUCCUGUUCUUGACACCGGGGUCAUUAAUUCCAAUGGUCGUAGCAGCCGCAAAAAUCAAGAGAAGAUGGAGUUUGAUAAUCUGCUGAUGAUGUUCGAUACUUUACAAGCUGCCAAAUCGAUUACGCUUUCCGCACAUGUUGUUCGUCUACUUGCAUUGUUUCCGGUGAAUGGAAUCCGUUGUUCACCUUUUCGGGAUUUGAGGUUUUUGAAGCUGGAUUUUAAGGUACACCAUAUAUAUAUUGAAACUGACAGCAAGUUGUUUUUUAGUGAAACGUUACAACUUGUUCCUGGUGUCAAAGCUUACCUGCUACACAAAUCACCUGAUGCCAAGUGUACCAUAAUUAAUUAUCUAAAGGAAGAAUCUCCAUGCUCAAAAGAGUAUGUGUGA